AUGCCUCCCAAAAAGGAAGCCGGCGAUGGCCUUCUCAAGGAAUUCGAGGACCGCGAGACCAAGCUCAUUGCUGCCGCUUUCCUCUCCACCACGGGACCUGACAAAUUCGACUAUGACCUCAUGGCCGCUCUCACCGGCAACACGGUCGGCUCCCUCAAGAAGAUGUGGCCACCCGUGAAGCGCAAGGCCAUGGAAAAGUAUACAGGCUUUGCCAAGUUCCUCGGUCAGCCUAGCACUUCCACCGCCGCCGCUGCAUCCUCUCCGGCUCCCAAGAUAGCUGCUAGCAAGAAGCGCAAGGCCGCCAGCGAGGACGAGACUCCCGACAACAAUGCUAGCGGCGGUCGUACUGACUCUACCGCUGCUAUUGACAAGUCGGAUGGCAACAAGUCCAACUCCAAAAAGAAAACCCCCGUCGCAAAGAAGCCGGCCGGCCGUCCUCGCAAGCAGAUCAAGAUGGAGGAAGAAGAAGAAGAAGGAGGAGGAGGAGAGGGAGCAAAAGACGAUGCCAUGGACGAGCUUGAUGUGCACUCCGCUGGCGGCAGCGAUGGCCUUCGUGAGUACGCUCUGAGAAACGGUGUUUGGGGCUGGUGGGACGCUGCUAACGGUGAAGGAACAGACAACCAGGCUACCGUUGAUGAAGAGGAGAUUUAG